GGCGCCUCGCGCGCUGCUCUCAUGACGUCACCCAGCAUUCUGCGGGCGCGCGGACACAGACACCUCGAGGAAGAGGAUGCGGGUCGGGUAGCUCGGCGGUCGCUUUCCAUAUGGAUUACAAGGACGUGUUUGCGUCCCUGGAGACGGUGUGCGAAGACAACAUCUCUAUCCUUUGCGGGCCCUCCGAGCUGCCGUACGGCGCCGUGGCCAAGCGGCUGCUCGUGUGCAUGAGAGAGAUCCGGGAGCACGGCCGCGUCCUGUUGCCCGUGGUCGCCGGCUUCACCGCCGUCUUCCACCACUAUGACUUAGACGAGCAGACGCCCGGGAACGGCUACCGCACCCUGGCCAAGGUGUUGCUGUCUUGCCUUCUGCACAUCAUCCACAAGGGGCGUUACAUCGCCUCCAACUACAACAGCGCCUUCUUCCGGGCGGACCACAACGCGUCCGAGAUGGAGGCGUACUGCAGCGCGCUGUGCCAGCUGCGGGCGCUGCUGCACCUCGCCCAGCAGCUCAUCCACGACAACGGCUUCGGCCAGCUGUACUCCCUGGAGGGCGCUGACCUGAGUCGCCGGUUCGUGCGCGAGUACAGCUCCAUGCACAAGGCCUGCUUCUACGGCCGCUGCCUGGGCUUCCAGUUCUCACCAACGCUGCGUCCGUUCCUCCAGACCAUAGUGAUCAGCAUGGUAACCUACGGAGAGACGUACAGUAAACAGCAGUCGGGUUUGGGUCUGGCGGCCCUGUCCCUCCUCACAUCGGGGAAGUACGUCAUCGAUCCGGAGCUGCGGGGCGCCGAGUUCGAACGCAUCACCCAGAACCUGGACAUGCAGUUCUGGAAGUCCUUCUGGAACCUCACGGAGUCCGGCCUUAUCGGAGGCUUCAGCCGGAUCGCCUCGUACCCGGUGCAGGUGAACUUCACCCUGACCGUGCCCCCCGUCACUCUGCACCUCCCGCUGGCCUCGGACCCCAGCCUGACGGCCGCCGUGUCCCCUCCCGUGGCCCACUCGGGGCCCGGGCCGGUCCACAUGCGGCUGAUCUCCCAUGAGCUGCGAGAAGGGCAGGACAGCGAAGAGUUGCUCGCCUAUUCUCGGAUCGACCCCCCCCCCAUCACCGCGUCCCACCUGCCCUGGGUGCAGAAGCAGCCUCGCUCCCCCUGGCUGCUCAUCCACUUCCACGGCGGCGGCUUCGUGGCCCAAACGUCCAGGUCCCACGAGAAUUAUCUGCGGAGCUGGUCCAAGGAGCUGAGAGUGCCCAUCCUCUCCGUGGACUACUCGCUGUCCCCCGAGGCGCCGUUCCCCCGAGCGCUGGAGGAAUGCUACUACGCCUACUGCUGGGCUCUGAACAACUGCCACCUGCUGGGCUCCACGGCGGAGUGUGUGUGCCUGGCGGGCGACAGCGCCGGAGGGAACCUGUGCAUCACCGUGUCCAUGAAGGCCAUCUGCAGCGGCGUCCGGGUCCCCGACGGCAUGAUGGUGGCCUACCCCGCCACGCUGCUCACCACGGACGCCUCGCCGUCCCGCCUGCUGACGCUGUUCGACCCGCUGCUGCCCCUCGGGGUGCUCACCAAGUGCAUCAACGCAUACGCAGGUGCCGACAGCCCCACGGUGCAGACGGCUCUGGCCAGCGGCAGCCUGAGCGCUCUGGGUCGAGACACGGCGGCGCUGCUCAGCGACCUGACCCAGAGCGCCUCCAACUGGAUCCAGUCCUACCUGGACCCCGCGCGGACCUCGGGGGGGACGCGCUCGCUGUCGGCGUCGCCGCCGACGGGGUCCCCGAGCGCCGCGGCUCGCAGGACGCCCGCCGAGGCGACCGACGCGGCGAACAGCGACGGCCGCACGGGUUACCCAGAAGGCUUUGAGCCCCUGCGCUCCGAGUGCCUGGCCUACGUCCGGCCCACUUCCUGCCCCGUCAUCAGGAACCCGUUCGUCUCGCCCUUGCUGGCGCCGGCCAGCCUGCUGAGAGGCCUGCCGCCCGUCCACAUCGUGGCCUCGGCGCUGGACGGCCUGCUGGACGACUCGGUGAUGUUCGCCAAGAAGCUGCGCGCCAUGCAGCAGCCGGUGCAGCUGACGGUGGUGGAGGACCUGCCGCACGGCUUCCUCAGCCUCUACCAGCUCGCCAAGGAGACGGACGUGGCCGCCGACAUCUGCAUGGAGCAGAUCAGGAUCAUCUUCCAGGGAGGAAGCCAACGCCGGCGGCCCACGCCCGGAGAGACUUGAAGGGGAGAGAGGUCCGACGUAAGGUGGGACGCGGUGGAUCUGAGGAGAAGCUCAGGGACCUCCGCCGAGGAACAUGUUCCUGUCACCAGCGACAAGAGAGAGGAACUCCGUCUUCACCGGAGUCACACGCUCAGGAACCGGAGGAAACCAACGCACAAGGACACUGACAGACCCCCCCCCCCCCCGCCCUGCUGUGCCUUAGAAUGUAAAGUGUGUGAAGAAGCUCCGCCCACAUUACCGCACACGCCGACACGGUUUACCUGCACAGAAAAACACACUUCAGAUGCACUCUCCAUAUUGAUUUGUUGUUGUUUACCAGCAGGGUUAUGAAGGUGACUGACCGGACUGUAGAUUCAUGCUGAGCAUUUGGUGAAUAUUUAACACUGUUUGUAUUUAAAGUGCAAUAAAUCUAAAGGUACAGAGAG